UGUUUCAAUGCGAUGAGUUGCCAUGGCCAGCACUUCCUUGUUACUCUUCACCCUUCUGACAGUGAUCGCAGAGGGCUUCUAUUGUCGUGUCUUGGAGGACGUGGCGCGAAACUUGCCGCGAGGCUGGCGGCAAGCCUUGAGGCAGUUCAACCUGCUGCUCUGCCAGAAGGAGACCACAAAAAAUUCGCUGGUUUCGGAGGAUUACCUCGAAGAUUUGGAACAUCCUGCAUCUUUCUUCAGGGUGGAGUUCAAAAAAAAGGAUCUACACGAGAAAGUGGGCUUUGAUGUGAUACUCCGCAGUGACUACCUUGAAGUCGAGAAGGUGCAUGAAGGAUCGGUGGCUGAAUGGAAUGCUCUCAAACCACUGAAGGCGCUCCAACGAAGGGAUCGACUGAUUGAGGUGAAUCGGAUCAUUGGAAAUUCCAGCAAAAUGGUGGAAGAAUUGAAGCACUCAGCAACGGUGCGGUUGCUGGUGAUCCGAGUCAGUGAGCAGGACAGAAGAGAACUGGACCGAAAGACAGCUGAGAAGGAUCUUCAGAAGGCCCUUGCUCUGCCAGGGCCCCGAAAUCUGCUGGCGGGCAUUCCGGAGCCAGGCAAUUCGAAGGUGGUCACACUCCAUGCGAGGAAUGUGGAGCAGUUCCUGGCCAUUCAGCCCAUCACGGUCUUGAUGGUCUAUGCACAUUGGUGUGCCGACAGCCAAGCCUUUGCGCCGCAGUUCCGUCGUGCGGCGGAGCUGGUGGAGCUUCGUGAGCCGAC